AUGCUUCUCGAAGAAGACCCCUCUACUCUCAUCCGCCACACAAUAUCCAAUUUCAACAUCGCUCCCGAUAAAUCUGCCGUCUCCCGCGUCUCAGAAUCCCUUUCAACCCUCCAACAGGCCCGUGACCUGCGUCUGCGCGAAGCUGAAGCUUCGCUGCGGCGUCUCGCCCGCUCCCUCGGCACUCUUUCGUCACAACAUGCGGAAUUGACAACCUCCCAUUCAUCGGCGCGCCACGCCUCAGAUAUUGCGCGUUUGGAUACGCAAAAGUUCCGGACCGCUAAGGCAGCCUCGGAUCUGGAAAUGGAGACGGAGCGGCUGCAGGGACAGCUUGCGGAGUUGAAUGCCAGACUGCAAGAGUUGGAGCUGCAAGGGGUGGAUGGGGGUGACACAGUUGGGGCAGGGGCGGGUAUGUUGGAAGAUGAGGUGUUGCUGCGGUUGAAGGUGUACCGGAGCCUGGGAAUUGAGAUUGAGAGGGACAGCAAGGAUGGAGAGUUCAACCGAGUGGUGGUAAGGAAUGAUCGUAAGGGAGACGUGCAUGUGGUAAACAUAGAUCGGAAGUUCUCGAGGUUCUUCUAUGCGAACUACUUCUGGCAGAGCCUCUAG